CAAUUCUGCUGUGGUACAGUGCGAUCGCAAGCUAAGCUCAAGCUCUCCGUGUCGAAGUUGUGUGUGUUUUACUGUGUCAUUAUGUAUUGCUCUCUUCAAUGCUAUCUCCUACUUAUUGGGUGUUUGCAUUGGGUGGCUCAAACACGUGGACACGAGGAUCAUUUAUCGUGCGGCAGACGCAAAGUGAAAACAAACUACCUGAUUCACAAUGGCGCCAAUGCCAUUGCAGGUCACUGGCCGUGGCAUGCGGCAAUUUUCCAUCGUAAAGGCGAGCAGAAUGAAUACGCUUGCGGUGGCUCCAUCCUUGACGAUGCAACUAUUCUGACGGCAUCUCAUUGCGUGUCCACUCUAAGCGGCAAGAUCUCGGCAGCUCUCGUGACAGUACACGUGGGACAAAUCCACCUGAACGAGACCAGCGACUACAGCCAGACGUUCGAUGUGCGUGAGAUAAUAAUACAUCCUGGGUUCAGCAAAGCCAGUGUCAUCCACGACAUAGCUUUGAUCAAGCUCAGGACCAACAUCAGCAUGAACAGGUACGUGCAGCCCGUCUGUCUGUGGACAAUGGACAGUGCGCUGGAGCUGAUCGUGGGCAGAAACGGAACAAUAGUGGGAUUUGGGCUGAGCGAACGGGAUGUUGUGUCGGAGCAGCUCAAGCAAGCCGCGAUUGGAGUGGUGGAUCCUUACACGUGCAUUGCAAGUGAUCGGGCCGUGUACGGAACGCAUCUAACGUUGGACAUGUUCUGCGGCAAAGGACAGAACGGUGUGAGUGCGUGCAAUGGAGAUAGCGGCGGAGGCAUGUUCUUCGAGGUCAGCGGUCGGUGGUUCGUGCGCGGCUUGGUGUCGUUCACUCCAGCGCGGGGAAUCAGUGGACUGUGUGAUCCGCUCAGGUACACCGUCUACACCGACGUGGCCCAGUACGUGGAAUGGAUUAAGCAGUACGUCGAUCAGCGUGUGCUACCGGUCGAGAGUGAAGUGCUGGAAGUGGACUACGAGGAGAAGCUGCGGUUGUUCAACUUUGACACCUGUGGUGUGAAAUCCACAAUUGUAGUUGAUAAUCGAUAUAACUUUACUCUACCAUGGUUGGGAAAGGUCAAGAUACCGAAUGAAGAUAGUCCGAGGUGCAUGGUUACACUGAUCAGCGAUUGGUAUGCUGUCGGGCCGGCACAUUGCUUCAAUAUCGUUGUCAUACCUUAUAUUUCACUAGGCGGUGUCACCGGUAGUGAGAUAGCAACAUGCUAUGAUGGUAAUGAGUCUACAAAGUGUAAAGUUUUUGAACAAAUCCGGAAAAUUCAGAGGGUCAUUGUACAUCCAAAGUUCGGCAGAAUCAAUUCUACAGAAAAUAUCGCGCUAAUCGAGCUGCUGAGCCCAGCAGACACCAGUCAGCCGAACGUGCAGCCUAUUUGCAUGUCGGUAACACCAGAGCUUAGAACGAACGCGAAGACAAACUUAUACGUGGCAACAAGAGGCAAUAACAUUUUUGAUAACUUUCCUGUCCGGUAUUUGGAGUCGGAUGAAUGCACGAGACAAUACGCGGAAAAGCAGAUUGUGCUGAUGCUGGAAAACAAACGACUAUGCGCCGUAAUAGAGAGCAUAGAGGACGAAAAAAAUUGCUAUCCACUGACAAGCGGUGCACCGCUCCAAGAAAUGAAGACGUUCGAUGGUAAGGAGCAAUACUUUCUUCGGGGAUUUGAGCUGGCUGGGCUGGCCUGCCGUUCCCCUUCACCACCAAUUUACCAAAAUAUCGAAGGAUAUGUCGACUGGAUACUGUACAAUAUGAGGUACAACGCGCUAGAAGAAGUGGAUGAUACAGAUACUGAAAUAACUCAGCAAACACUCGAGUCGGAGUGGAGCAAGUUACAGCAACAGCCAGGAAAUGAAAAAUUGCGUCUGUUCAAUACGGAUCAAUGUGGUUCAUUCAACCCCUUUAGCAAUAGCAUGGGAAAGGUUAUUUACAUGCCAUGGAUGGGAUUACUUGAAGGUGGAAAUUUGCAGUUCACAACCAGCACAGUAGUGCUCAUUAGCGAAUGGUACGUCUUGGCGCCCCAAACCAGUGUGCAGGACGAUGUAGAUUGGCGAUCCAUUGUCCUGGGAGAAUUCUUCUUCCCCACACGAUACUCAACGCAAAUUAAAAACAUAAUCUUUCCUCCGCCCGAUCAUCCUAGGCAGCUAUUUGUACUGAUAGAACUGCUCGAGCCAGCUGAUCUGACAAAUCCUUCCAUCAAGCCGAUCUGUUUGCCCUUCAUGGAUGGGCUGCAUCGUAACAAACCCGCAGAUGUUAUUCUAUCGUCCUCUAACUUGUUCUUUUUAUACGAAAUCAAAGUGCUAAAGAUGACCGAUUACCAGAAAUGCCAGCAGAGACUUUUUCACUUAGGUCACCCUAUCACCUUGAACACGGACGUAUCAUGUGCAGUAGAGGAUUUUGCAACAUUUCACCAAGCGUCAUUGAAUUCCAUUCCGGGUAGCCCGUAUAUGGUGAGGGUACCGUACGAAGACGGCCCGCGCUACUUUCUGCACGGCAUGCAUGUCGAUGCGUCAUUCAUUCUCUCACACCUAGGUCACGGUCCGUACAUAUUUCACAAGAUUGAGCAGACAGAUCUUGCAUGGAUACUUCAGAACGUGCGAGAAAAUGAACGACAAUCUUCGUAUCCCGGCAAGUUAAGGAUUGAACGAGUCAAUGUGAAGCCAGUUGAAUUUGAUGCCACUGGGAGCGCUUUGUUUGACUUUGAAACCUGCGGCGUAUCGUCAGACGGCUAUCCAAUGCCAUGGUUGGGAAAAAUCCUUACCGAUAGAAACACCCACGAUUAUGUGAUACUCAUAAGUGAUCGAUACGUGGUUGGUCCAGUAUACCAUUGUGAUGAUGCUGAUGAAGAGUGCUGGUUUAAUGUUAGUUUUGGUGGUAGUACUGAGUCCCAAAAAGAAAUGUGUUUGCAGGCAAACAACUCGGAAUCAUGCGACCUUCCAACGCAAAUCAUAGCAAUCGACAAGAUAUUUGUCCAUCCGCAGUACAAUGCGACCAAUCGUGCUAAUAACAUUGCGUUAGCUCGGCUUGCCACCGCUGUUGACACAUCUCUUCCGAACGUGCGGCCCAUCUGCUUGCCGAUUAUAAAUACGAUUCGUAGCUAUGAUAUAUCAAGCCUAUUGAUGGACUAUUAUGAUUCAUCACUGAAUGUCUUAAAUGUUACCAAUGCUUCUGAUAGGUACAUCGACCAGGCAGAGUGCCAACAUCGGUGGCAAGGAUUGAAGGUUCAAAUCACCGUUGGCAGGACAAAUCAUUGUGUGCUUAGAAAACGAACACUAACAGACGGUGAUGAAGUCCAUAUUAACACUGGUUUCACGCUUCACUCACGACAACGUCACACAUCGAGAGAAAGAGAGUUUCUGCGUGGGUUUGCUGUGUUUUCUUCGGCUAAAUCAAGUAUUUACUAUCCCGAUGUUUACAUCAACACAGAUCCGAAUCUGGAUUGGAUUUUGGAAACUAUGGAGCAGCGCACACGACUUCCUUUCGAUCUGCGAGAGAAGCUGGUAUUCAGCGAUAAAUAGGGAAUCGUUGAUAUGGCACUACCACACCAGAAUAAACAAGUUAUAAUUAAUUUU